UCAUACUGGUCGGACUUUUCCCUGUAAUUGGCAACGAAAUUCGAAGACCGCUUUAUAAUGUUGCAACAUUUAAAAGUAUGUGCAGCUUUUCUCACAAUUUUGAUUGCGGUAAUAUCUGGAAGUAAUGCGUAUGACUGUACCACGAGUGUAUAUCCGAAAAGUUGUCUUCCAGCUGGAGUACAAUCAAUAGAAAUAGAAGGAGAGGAUCCUUUUUCCGUCGCAUGCGAUUCGGUGUCUGCAGGCAUAGGGUGGACCGUAAUACAGCGUCGCACAGAUGGAAGUGUUGACUUCUUUAGAAAUUGGUCAGAAUAUGCUCAAGGAUUCGGGUCAGCCGAUGGUGAAUAUUGGAUCGGUCUACAGAAAUUGCAUAAAAUGACAAACUCUCAAAGACACGAGCUCUAUGUUAAGCUUGUCGAUCAAAGUGGCGAAGUACGCUAUGCCAGAUAUGAUAAUUUCGUAAUCGGAAGUGAGGAGGACAAAUUCCGGUUGGUUUCGACUGGCGAAUACAGCGGAGAUGCUGGCAAUUCUUUGAAAGGACAUGUAGGAAAUGCAUUUACAACCAAAGAUGAGGAUAAUGAUUCGCAUCCUAAAAUCAACUGCGCAAAAGCUCUAACAGGCGGGUGGUGGUAUUUCCACUGCGCUGACAGCAACCUGAACGGCUUUAGUUUCGAUUGCCAAAUGGAGAAAUCAAAUAAAUUGGAGAGAAACGGCUGCAUUUACUGGAAUCAUUGGCAUGGCCGUAGCUAUUCCAUGAAAAGCGUCCAGAUGAUGAUUCGCCCCUUUGAAGCUGAAAAACCCACCUAGUAGCGACUUUAAUUGAAUCAGCAAACGCGCGCUCUAAUGCAAAUAAAAUGCGGUACUUAUUUCAUAUGUCGAGAGCCAAGCAACUAAUAAAAACUAAUGGAAAUAUAAAAAAC